CAGCAUCUUUGCGGAAAAGAGGCAGCGAGCGUGCGCUCAAAAUAGAGACUACAGCUCCUUCUGCUGCAUUUCUCUCCUACCUGCGAAUACCAUCACUCAGCAAGAUGUGCAAAGGACUUGCUGGUCUGCCGGCUUCCUGCCUAAAGAGUGCAAAAGAUAUGAAACAUCGGCUAGGUUUUCUGUUGCAAAAAUCUGAUUCCUGUGAACAUAAUUCUUCCCAUAGCAAAAAGGACAAAGUGGUUAUUUGCCAGAGAGUAAGCCAAGAAGAAGUCAAGAAAUGGGGUGAAUCACUGGAAAACCUGAUUAGUCAUGAAUGUGGGCUGGCAGCUUUCAAAGCUUUCUUAAGGUCUGAAUACAGUGAGGAGAAUAUUGACUUCUGGAUCAGUUGUGAAGAAUACAAGAAAAUCAAGUCACCCUCUAAACUAAGUCCCAAAGCCAAAAAGAUCUAUAAUGAAUUCAUCUCAGUCCAAGCAACUAAAGAGGUGAACCUAGAUUCUUGCACCAGGGAGGAGACAAGCCGGAAUAUGCUGGAGCCUACGAUUACCUGCUUUGAUGAGGCUCAGAAGAAGAUUUUCCAUCUUAUGGAAAAGGAUUCAUACCGCCGCUUCCUCAAGUCUCCAUUUUACCUUGAUCUGGUCAAUCCUCCCAGCUGUGGAGCAGAGAAGCAGAAGGGAUCCAAGAGCUCUGCAAACUGUCCAUCUCUGCUUCCCCAGUGUGCUUAAGUCUCACUUGGAGGCAGAGGGCUGAAACCCCAAGACUCUAUGCUCUGGAAAACCUGAGGCCAAAUACUGAUCUGUAUUAAGCACAGUGCUUUACUCACAUUGUAGCCUAGUGUUCAUGCUGCCUGGGAGCCACUUGUAUGUAAGAGCAAGAUUUAGUUAAAGGGUUUGUGUAUCCAGCAGGGCGGGACCCCAUUCUGAUCCAGUUUGUCCAAGUAUCUCGAGGCUGUCAUGGGAGCGAGUAUCCAGAUAAUGGCCUUGCUUGUAGGUCUGGAUUUAAAGAUCGUUGGUAGUGCACCCCUCCCAGCUACUUGCCCUCAGGUGGGCUGGUUGGUACACUUCUGUGACACCCACAUGCACAUGCUUUCUGUUAGCCAGAAUUUGCUGCAGAUUCUCUGUGCUUAGGCGAGGUUGAUCUAUUAUACACAAGUGUGUGCAUGUGUAUAUAUUAAAUAUAUAUAAUAUAUACAUGUACAUUCUGUAUAUAUUUAUAUGUGCUUAUUUAUUUACAUGUGUGUGUGUGUUCUGCAAGAGUAGAUGGGAAAGACCCCAGGUGCUCAAACUAGAGUAUGUAGAUGUACUUGAAUGGAGGUUCUGAAGUUUGAACUGCAUUUGAACAGGGGAAGGGGAGCUAACUGCCAUGCAGGCUGAGAGAGGAAUGCUAACGUGUGGAAAGUUGGUCCUGGAAGAAUCCAUGAAGCUUUCUGGAGGUGAAUUUAGGAGACCUUGUGUUUAAAUUACCACAGAGGGUCUCCAUGUUGAGCACUAUUAUAAGAGAUACUGUAAAAAAUUAUGUAUCUAACUGCCACUGAGCUGUAUUGUACCAGUUACCACUAAGAGCACUUUUGAGAUGCUAAUCUGUUGGCUGUCCCUUCUCUGCCUGGGUGCUCAUGCCGUGCUUAUUGGUGGCUGGAUGGGUCUGGAGUUGGAGAUGGGAUGCUUGAGCUGCAGGAAGGAGUGUAGGUAUGGCUUGCUGGAUAACCCCACUGUAAGCUACAUGCUGAUUGAGGGCUCAGAAUUUAGAGGUCAUUAGUUUUAUCCUCUGUCCUUUCACUCAUUUCUUGAUUGAGGUGCUCUUCUUUUUUGUGUGAGAAACUUAAGCACCUUAGUUCAUUGUGAGGGGCUGUUUUCCCCAGUAAUGGUUCUAGGUUACAUGCCUCUGUGAGAAACCUACAGCAGGAAAAGUUUGUUUUUAGUGAAA